UUACCAAAACUAUUAAUAGUAAAAACUAAGCUGAAUAUAUAUUUAAAAUAAUCGGAUUUCCAUUAUAUUUUCGAACUCUGAAAAUAGUCAAAUAGCCAAGUUGGAAACAGUCAUCUGCAGCACAUACAUAACAUAAUAAACAUGUCGCUGGCGAAUCCAUUUCGUACCGUAUUUCGGUUACCCAGUCGAAAUCAACGGGUCAACUGGUUUCCUGGACACAUGACCAAGGGAAUGCGCCAAAUACAACAGAAGCUGCGAACUGUCGAUUGCAUUGUUGAAAUUCACGACGCGCGCAUUCCUUUAGCAGGCCGGAAUUCCCAGUUCUUUGAGACAAUUACCGGAAACGGUGUAAAACCACAUAUAUUGGUGCUAAAUAAGAUCGAUCUCUUGGGAGCCAAGCAACAACGUGGAAUUCUGAAACAGCUGCGAACUCAGCAGCCCGAAUUACGAAAUAUUCUCUUUACCAACUGCAAGGAUCAGCGCAAUCAUGGUGUAUUGGACAUUCUGCCAUUGGCCACCAAGUUGGUGGCAGAAAGCAGUCGAUUCAAUAGGGCACAGAGUGCCGAGCACAAUAUUAUGAUUAUCGGAGUGCCAAAUGUGGGCAAGAGUUCCAUUAUCAAUGUGCUGCGGAAUGUGCAUCUAAAGAAACGCAGUGCAGCUCGUGUUGGUGCCGUUGCUGGUAUUACUCGAUCCGUCGGCGAACGCAUUAAAAUCCAGGAGACUCCUGCAGUAUACAUGAUUGAUACGCCCGGCAUUCUGCAGCCUUCCGUAACGGAUGAUGAGAUGGGCAUGAAAUUGGCGUUGGUUGGCUGCUUGCCGGAUCACAUCGUCGGUGAGGAUCUGAUAGCCGAUUACCUGCUCUUCUGGUUGAACAAACACAAACGCUUCGAGUACGUGGACAAAUUGGAACUACAAUCCGGACCCAGCGACAACAUCAGUGCAGUGCUGGCGGAAUAUGCACAACAACAAGGCAUGUUCCAUAGAGUCAAGCAAUACAAUGGCCAAGUGGAGAUCAUGACUAAUUUAUUGUCUGCCGCCCGUAAAUUUAUAAGCUUCUUUCGCACUGGUCAGCUGGGUCCUAUAAAUCUCGAUGAAGAUUGUACUUAGCAAAAUGAAAUUAUGUUUAUUGUAUUUAGUUACAAAGUAUGUUAAAGUCUAGUUAGAUAAAUUUUGAAAAUGUUUAUAA